GUAGCUCAGUUUGCUCUGACGCGUUGAAAAUCUCGCUACACCCGGUGGUGUUUCUCCCGCGUUUUCCCUAACAACAUCCCUUUUCGCUGUGAGUGAUCGUAUAGCAAAUUGCAGCGAUGUCUUCGACGAUGGAUCUUCGGAGAUUGUAAAAGUGCACGAUGACGGGAAUCGCAACUGCUCGGCAAGGGUGGGUUCGGCGUGUCGGGUUGCAAGGAAGGAAAUGCAGUUAUUCGCCAGCGUCUGCGCUUCUAUAUUGAUCCGCGGUGGUGGCGGUGGAAGUACGGCGGUGGUGGCGGCGGCUGUGCUCGCGGCGCGUUCGAGCGUUCGGGUGGGACCACAACCAACCCCACAACGAACCCGCCCAAAAUGUAUUUUUGCCUGCGUCUCGUGCGACUAUUCCUGAUCUCGGCGAUUCUGUGCGUCGGUCUAUGCUCCGAGGAUGAAGAGAGACUGGUGCGAGAUCUGUUUAGAGGAUACAAUAAGCUCAUCCGACCAGUGCAAAAUAUGACGGAGAAAGUGCACGUGAGGUUUGGCCUCGCCUUCGUGCAACUGAUCAAUGUGAACGAAAAGAAUCAGAUUAUGAAAUCGAACGUAUGGUUGAGAUUUGUAUGGAAGGACUAUCAGUUACAAUGGGACGAAGCGGAUUACGGCGGUAUCGGGGUCCUCAGAUUACCACCCGACAAAGUGUGGAAACCAGACAUAGUCUUAUUCAAUAACGCUGACGGCAACUAUGAAGUUCGUUACAAGAGCAACGUGCUGAUAUACCCGAACGGCGAGGUGCUCUGGGUGCCGCCAGCAAUUUAUCAGAGCUCGUGCACGAUCGACGUAACAUAUUUCCCCUUCGAUCAGCAAACAUGCAUUAUGAAAUUCGGCUCAUGGACCUUCAACGGCGACCAGGUCUCUCUCGCGCUCUACAACGAUAAGAACUUCGUCGAUCUGUCUGAUUAUUGGAAGAGCGGCACAUGGGACAUUAUCAGCGUGCCGGCGUAUCUCAAUAUCUACCAGGGCGAUUUUCCUACAGAGACGGACAUCACUUUCUAUAUAAUUAUCCGCAGGAAGACUCUUUUCUACACGGUGAACUUGAUACUGCCGACGGUCCUGAUCUCUUUCCUCUGCGUACUCGUUUUCUACCUUCCAGCGGAGGCCGGUGAGAAAGUCACUUUGGGCAUUAGUAUUCUUCUAUCACUGGUCGUGUUCCUCCUGCUAGUCAGCAAAAUUUUGCCACCAACCUCGUUGGUGCUGCCAUUGAUAGCCAAAUAUCUGCUCUUCACCUUUAUCAUGAAUACUGUCAGUAUCCUCGUGACUGUGAUCAUCAUCAACUGGAACUUCCGCGGGCCGAGGACUCACAGAAUGCCUCAGCUCAUACGCAAGAUCUUCCUUAAAUAUCUGCCAGCGAUCUUGUUCAUGAAACGACCAAAGAAGACGCGAUUAAGAUGGAUGAUGGAGAUACCAAACGUAACACUGCCAGCUUCCACAUACUCGGGAAGUCCGACCGAGGUGCCGAAGCAUCUGCCAGCCUCCCUGGCGAAAUCGAAGAUGGAGGUGAUGGAACUGUCCGAUCUGCAUCAUCCAAAUUGCAAGAUCAACCGUAAGGUUCAUCACACCACGAGCAGCUCCAGCGGUGCUGGCGGAGGGGAAGGCAUGGGCGAUAGAAGAGGAUCCGAGAGUUCGGAUUCGGUCUUGCUCAGCCCGGAAGCCAGCAAGGCUACCGAGGCCGUGGAGUUCAUAGCGGAGCAUCUCAGGAACGAGGACUUGUACAUACAGACAAGGGAGGAUUGGAAAUAUGUCGCAAUGGUGAUCGAUCGACUGCAACUUUAUAUAUUCUUUAUAGUGACGACCGCGGGUACCGUCGGGAUCCUAAUGGACGCGCCUCAUAUUUUCGAGUAUGUGGACCAGGAUCGUAUUAUAGAUAUCUAUCGCGGAAAAUAAUCCGACUUGCCCCAACGAAGCGCAAUCACAAAUAACAUAUGCCAUCGUUCGACCGUUCUCAUUUCGUCCUCUUCGAAAACGACUUCGUAACAAUGUGGGAUUAAUUUUGUCAUUUUUAAUUACAAGCGUGAAACGCUUACAAAUCAAGUGACUGUUUAACAGGUAAUUAUUUUUUAUAUCUACAGAUUUUUAUGAAAUCUCACGCGAGGUACAAAUUCAUUUAACGAAAUUCUCAAUACAAUCUUCUAAUACCAUUGUGCAUACAUUUCGAUUUUGCGUAAUUGUAAGAUUGUAAAAUCCGAUUUGUGUAAAGCUUUUUCAACGACGAAACUCGAGCGAUCGAAAUGGCAUACAUUAUGUAGAUAAUAAUUCCACUAGUGUUAAUCAUGGCUGCCUCUGCGAUUAUUGUCUUCCCCGAUGCCAUUAACUUCCGGUAGCUCCAUUGCGACGCGCUUAGACGAAGGAUUUACGAAACGACUGUCGAAUAGUUCUCAUUCUUCAUUUUAUCGAAGAAAUAGGUAUUUCCAAAGUUUUUAAACACGAGAAGCCACAUUAUAACAGGUUACUUGCCAACUUUAUAAUUUUUAUGAAAUAAUAUUUUGUUAGGCAAAGGUUAUUCUCUUCAAUAUUUAAUUAAGAGAACUUGCUUAAAGUUUAGAGAGUUUGUUUAGAUAAUAUCAUAUAGAAGAGAAUUUUAAUCAUUAUAUACAAACUGUGUGGCUAAAUUCUUGGUAGACAAAAUUUGAUUUAAUUUAUUUCUUAUUUAUUUCGACUCCGAACAUUUUGUACAGUGAUUCUGAGUAUUGUUGGAAAUAUACCGUGAUUGCUCCUUUAAGAGUGUAGUUACCACGUAACGCACUUAAUGUUAAACGAUGAAAUCCGCUUAUGUAGCAUUAUACAUAUAUCGUAUCUAGAAAAAAAAAUACGGAAUUAGUUAAUAGUACUUUGGCAAAAUUACUGUAACAUACUAAUAUAAUGAUGGUACGCACAAACCUGUUUAGUCAACUUAUCGAUAUCUCUUAAUUAGAAAAUACAAAUAAUCCAAUAGUCUGGUAAGUUAGGAAAGUAUAUAAAACGAAAACAUUAUUUAUCGUAAAGUAACUCAGACUUACAGGAAUUCACGUUUAACAUUAAACAUUAUAUAAAAUUUGUCGCGUAUUUUUCUAGGACUAUAAUUUCAUUAUAAUUUAUUAGUGCAUUUAACAUAGUUUUUCUGUUUUACGUUUAAGUUACUAUAUGCUAUAUAUGAGCGUUUGACGUCUGUACGUUAGUGUUAAACGUGUGAGAGAAAAGAAAACAGUUCUGUAUUUAAUCUCUCGACCAUAAUUUUAGCGAUCACUUUCAACCAAAUCGAUCAAAUUCUCGAUAUCAAAGUUAUAAAUUUCCGUAUAAGAUAAGAUCGAAACGUUCUUCACGAUGUGCAUCUAUACGCGGGAUGGUCAGGCAGAAUCAAUCAUCGCGCGAUAAUGUUUUAGAUAUAAAUUUGAAAUAAUUUUGAUAAUAAUCGUGCAAGUCGUCACAUCGUAAUUUAGUCGAUCUCGCGUUUGAUACUCGUUAUCGUGGCAUUGAUCAUAAAUAUUAAUAGAACUACGACGAUCUUAAAGCAUGUUCGUCACACAUACGAACGAGCUUGCAGUAACGAAUUUCACGCAAGCACGAGACGUUGUGAAUUAAAUUAAUUACGAAAGGAUACGCGCUUGUAUCUAAUCAACGACUUUCGGAAGACUCGGAAGGCCAAUGCAAAUCAAGGUACCUUAACAAUAAUUUCUGAAAUACACAUACCGAUUCUGAAAUACAUACAGAUCUAGCCAGGAAAGAAAAUCGAUUAUAUCUUUACUGGCUGCAAACAAAAAUUGUACUUUGCGAGUGUGCUUUGACUUGAUUGGCUUUCCUAAAAAGUAGCUCAUGUUCUCAUAGCUCAUACACAAAAUAUCUAUAUAUAUGUAAACAAUACUGAAUAUCACUUAAUACAUUAAUUAAAACAAGUAGACAUAAUUUACGCGUCUCUUUUUAAUUGUACUUCUUGCUAUUGAUUUUUUCCUAAUUAGAUUAACAAAUAUCUCCGUCUUACUUUACGAACAUGCAGUUAAACGGCUUUUAUUAUCAGUUUACUGUCACUUGUGCAAGAUACUGGAGUACACAGAUAUAAUUUAUAGAAAUUGUGUUUUAAUGAGUAAAAAGUAAUUAAAUAAACUAAAAACAAAUAACUAUGCGUAGUUAUAUAUGCGAGAUGAGAAUAUGAGCCAUUUUUUGCGCCAAUAAUUAUGCGCAUAUUAAGAAGCACGAUUCUUCGUCAUAAGAACGUCGUGCGUUAAUAGAACAUCAUAGCCAUGCUUACCGUAUAUAUUGUACAGAGAGACUGUUAAACGGUCAAGUUUUAUUUAAUAAAGAACGUUCAGUCCGGGAGAAAGUUGUAGUCGACUGUUGAAUAUCGAGGAUUUUGCGAGAAGUGAAAUAACCGAAAACGUAAUCUCUUGUAUUUCUUUAUAAUUUUGUGCAAUUUCUUGCAAUGUAUCUCAGUGUAUCAAUACUUAAAAAUUUAUAUUUAUAAAUUUCUCUAGUUUUACAGUUUGCCAAAGAUUGUAACGAUUUAUUCGGUUACGUCAAUUGUUAAUUAAUCUGCAGAAUUUUUUAAUAUAAUAAGCGGCAUCAUUGCGUGCAUUAGUAGUUAUCUCGUUUGACGAAGUUAAUGUUAAUGUUAUAGUUGUUACGAUAGUUUUUUCAAAUGCAUCUAAAUCUGUUGUUAUAUAAGCCGUUGCGUUUAUUGAAGCAAAUAGUAAAAUAAUUUUAGACUUACUUGAAGACGCUUGAUAACGACAGCAUGAGAAGACGCAGAAUCCCAGAAAGAAAAGACAUCUUCAUUUAUAAUUACUUGCGUCAAUCUUAGCAAAUUUGUAUGUAUGGAAUACAGUUUUAUUUUAUUUAAAAAAAAAUGUACAAUAACAUAUAUGUCUUUUUCUCUCUUUUGUAAAUCGAUUAAUAACAUUUACUUAUAAAUUUUAUUUUACUUUUAAUAUUUAAAACACGUUGCAAUGUAGUUUGCUAAAGAGAAGGUUUUGUAUAUCCAGAUUUAUCGACAAUAUUUUAUCGUUAUAUAAUGCCGUUAUUUAUUAAUAGCGCAUGUCGUGUCUUCCUGGAAAGAAAUACAAUAAUUAAAAUUUAGAAACCAAGAACACUGGCAUAUUCCGUUUUGUUCUAUCCCUCUCAUGUCAAUAGGUUUCGUGUAAUUUAUUGGGGGCAAUUUAACAGGAACAAUAACAAUAAACAGAAUUAUACAGUUCUGCCCGUACAUACGUGUCUUUUAUCUCUACUGCGGAAAGGAAGAUGAUCAGCGUAUAUGUACCAUAGUUUACUUUGCGCAUAAAACAAGAAACCGAAAAUUGUUGAAUCGAAAAGUUUGUACUUUAUUAUGCAUGAUAAAUAAUAUAGUAAUUAUAUAUAA